AUGCCUGUCGAGCUUCGGAAGCGCAAGGCGGCGCCCCCCGCGCCCGCUCCUCCAGCAAAGAAGAAGGCCCCCGCAAAGGCCAAAAAGGCCGAGAGCGACAAAACCGUGGCCGAAAAGGUCCAGGACGCCGUCGCCGACAAGGUCGAGGCCGUCAAGGAGGCUGUUGUUGGCAAGACCAACGGCGCCUCGACGGCUGCGCCUAGCGGUAAGCCCAAGGUCGGCGACACAAUUGACCUGGCUUCCUUUGGCGGAGACAUCGAGACCAACGAUGGCGACAAGACGACGCUUGCGAAGCUUGUAGAGGAGAGCAAGGGCGGCGUGGUGCUGUUCACGUACCCCAAGGCCUCGACCCCUGGAUGCACAACACAAGUGUGUCUCUUCCGCGACUCGUACACGCCCCUCACUGCUACCGGCUUCUCCAUCUAUGGUCUUUCGUCCGACAGCCCCAAGGCCAACACGACCUUCAAGACCAAGCAGAAGCUGCCCUACACAUUGCUCUGCGACCCCGCCCAAACCCUCAUCUCCGCCAUUGGCUUCAAGAAGGCGCCCAAGGGCACCACCCGGGGCGUCUUUGUCGUCAACAAGGACGGCAAGGUCUUGGCAGCUGAGCCCGGUGGUCCCGCUGCUACCGUCGAAGUCGUCAAGAAGCUGGUCGACACCAAGGACGCGGCCCCAAGCAAUAAGGACGCAGACGACAAGGACCAGAAAGAGGACAAGGAAAUGGCCGACACGGCAGGUGAGGUUGCUGAUACCGCCGCCAAGGUGGAUAGCACUGCUGCUUGA